AGCAUGGCAGAAUCUGGGUCCCUGCCCACCGGCUUCGGGGAGCUGGAGGUGCUGGCGGUGGGGAUGGUGCUGCUGGUAGAAGCUCUCACCGGCCUCUGCCUGAACAGCCUCACCAUCCUCUCUUUCUGCAAGACCCCGGAGCUGCGGACCCCCACCCACCUGCUGGUGCUGAGCCUGGCUCUGGCGGACAGCGGGAUCAGCCUGAAUUCUCUCGUUGCAGGCACAUCCAGUCUCCUCCGGCGCUGGCCCUAUGGCUCCAACGGCUGCCAGGCUCAUGGCUUCCAGGGCUUUGUGACGGCGCUGGCCAGCAUCUGCAGCAGCGCAGCCAUCGCCUGGGGGCGCUAUCACCACUACUGCACGCGCAGCCAACUGGCAUGGAACACGGCCAUCUCCUUGGUGAUCUGUGUGUGGCUGUCUUCUGCCUUCUGGGCAGCACUGCCCCUCCUGGGCUGGGGCCACUAUGACUAUGAGCCGCUGGGGACAUGCUGCACCCUGGACUACUCCAGGGUGGACAGAAACUUCACCAGCUUCCUCUUCACCAUGUCCUUCUUCAACUUCAUCCUGCCUCUCUUCAUCACAUUCAUAUCCUAUCGGCUCAUGGAACAGAAACUCAAGAAGACUGGCCACCUCCAGGUGAACACCACUCUGCCAGCCAGGACGCUGCUGUUUGGUUGGGGCCCCUAUGCCCUCCUGUAUCUAUAUGCAACCAUCGCGGAUGUGAGCUUCAUCUCCCCCAAGCUCCAAAUGGUGCCGGCCCUUGUUGCCAAAGCAGUGCCCACGAUCAAUGCCAUCAACUAUGCCCUGGGCAGUGAGAUGGUCCACAAGGGGAUCUGGCAGUGCCUUUCACCUCAGAGAAGCGGGCUGGACCGAGCCCGGUGAGGUUCUCCGUGGGGCUGCUCAGACCCAGGCCCACCCCUGACUCCCUGGACUGCGCCCCGUGCAAGGAGGCUGCCCCGGAGUCCUGCCCGGCAGCCUCGGAAGCCAAGCUCCAGAUACACGCCCACCACCACAGAUGGCCCUGGUGGGCCUGGCCCUAGGUCAGACACAGGGCAUUCAGUGAGCAACCAGGCUGUGUGGAAGGAGCUAGGACUUUGGAGCCAGAUAGAUCUGAGUUUCCAUCACAGCCCUCCAGACAGAGGCUGAGAGACCUUGGGAAAGUCACUCCCUCUGACCUGAGCUUCCUGAGCCAUGACGUAAGGCCUCCACGGGGCUGCUGUGAGGCUUAAGCGAGAUAGUGUGUACUCACCAUGUACAUAGGAACGCAUCAAAACAGCUGUCUGGGCUCGGAGACUUCCAUAGAAAGGGGUGAAAGCCCCAGGUUAUGUGUGGGACAGCAACCCAGGCUGUCAGCGCUCAAAUGCCACUUAUUAAAUUGAGAUCUUGUGCCAGUGA